AUGGAUCGUCAGCUGACAGAACAAGAAUUACGCACUAUGUUUGAUCACAUGGAUAAGAAUCAUAAUGGAUAUGUGACCGCAAAAGAACUAAAAAGUUAUUUGAAAGCACACGAUGCGAAAGUCACCAAUAAAGAAGUCAAAGAGUUCAUUCGUAAGCUUGAUGAAAGUGGAGACGGUCAAAUAAGUUUGCAUGAAUUUAUGAAAGGGCUAAUUGCUGACAUAAAAGAUUUAUUUGGAAAACUUGACAAGAAUCAUAAUGGUCUUGUAUCACAGAAAGAACUCAAGGCUUAUUUGAGAGAAAAUUCUGUCAAAUAUAAUGGUAAGGAAGUGAAGGAUUUUGUUGCGAAAAUCGACGACAACUCGGAUGGUCAAAUUAGUUUAGAAGAAUUGACCAAAGCUUUGACAGGAAAUUUCGAUCCCACUAAAGUAUGUCACCUAAAGCCACGAUAA